AUGGCUAUUAGCGCCUUUAUCACGACGCUUGUCUGCAAUCCUCAUACAGCUAAUGCUAAGCGUAUUGUGAUGGCCGAGCCCGGUACAGAGCUGUUUACGCAAUUCCGACCGGUUUACCACUUCCUUGCCCCUGAGAAGUGGAUGAACGACCCAUGUGCUCCGUACUACGAUGAGGAUACUGGUCUGUAUCAUAUGUUCUACCAGUGGAACCCGAGCUCGACGAUUUGGGGAAAUAUGACCUGGGGCCACGGUGUGUCAAAGGAUCAGGUUACCUGGGAGGAUUAUCCGACUGCACUUUACCCAUUCAAGGACAAGUGGGACAAACUCGGUGUGUAUUCGGGUUUCGCAAUGGACAAUGCUAUCGAUGGUAAACAAACGAUAUUCUACACUGGUGUCACUGCUCAGCCUAUUUUUUGGAAGAACAAAUACUUGUAUGGUGAGCACGUUUUGUACGCUACUACCAAAAAUGGCGGCAAGACGUGGAAGAAGGGCAAAGAGCCUUUGAUCAAGGCCCCACCGAAGGAUCUCGAUGUGACCGGCUGGCGCGAUCCAAUGCCGUUCCACUCAAAGUUACUGGACGCGUAUUUUGGAUACGACACUAUCGUGACUAGCAAUUAUCUUAUCGUUACCGGUGGUGUCCGUGAUGUUGGCCCACGAGUCUUCCUUUACCACGCGGAGGACUACAUCAACUGGGAAUACAAAGGGUAUCUUCUUGCACAAGAGAAAAACACAUCGUUCUCCCGCUAUAGUGGGAAUUGGGGCUUCAACUUUGAAACUACUAUCUACCGUGAAAUGGUAGACGAGGACGGUGAGCGUCACAAUGUGAUGCUGUUGGGUGCUGAGGGUGAAGUGGAUCGAUACUCAAUGUGGGCUACGGGAUCGAUUUGUGAUAGCGAAGAUGAGGCCCAAACGAACCCGGAGACGGGUUUAUUUACUCCUUUGAUGGUGGGUGUGUCGGACCGUAGCGACUGGUAUGCCAAUAGCAUUUACACUAACAGGGAUGGUAAGGAUGUUCUUAUUGGCUGGAUCACCGAGGACAAUGGCUUUACCAAGGGACAGCCUCAGGGCUGGAGCGGUAUCCUGUCGUUGCCGCGUGAAGUGGGUAUCUCGAUUUUCCGUAAUAUCUACGACGCGGGCAAGCAUCUGGUAGGCAAGGGCGACUGGAUUGUGUCCGAGAUAACGGAUGUGUCGUGCGCUAAUGGUUCGUCGAAGCAGAGCAAGACCAUUAAGACCCUUGGUCUGAAGCCGCUAAGCGACCUGAAACUCUUGCGCAAUGAGGACACGCUAGAGGAGAUUGAACACGUGUGUGUAAACAGCUCAUCAAAAGUGUUAGCAUCGAGGGGUGCUUCGUUUGAGCUUAUGGCUGAGGUUUCCGAUUUCAAGCGCGGAAGCAAGGUUGGUUUCGAAGUCCGUCGCAGCUCGGCUGGAGACGAGGUCACAACCAUCGUGUACGAUGACGCGAAGAAGAAGGUGAUCAUUGACCGCUCAAAGAGUUCGUCUGCUGACUGUGCCGUUUUUGUCGACAAUGACGUAACUCCCGUCUCAGACUCAAUUUGGGGACAUUUUUACCUGUAUGACGUGUUCACUAGUGCUGCGAAGAACUGCCCAUGUGAGGUCGUCCGUGAGAAACUGAGUUUCCACGUGUUCGUGGACGUGUCCAGUGUGGAGGUGUUUGUAAACGGCCGCUUUGCACUGUCAGCUCGUAUCUAUCCGUGCGCAAGUCAGACGCAAUCGGACGGUAUUGCUCUGACGACUUCGGAGAAGGCUACGUUUCAGAACGUGAAGGUCUGGACGAAGCCGAAGCACGCUUGGGCCAGUACGCGCAAGGUGCCGAAGAAAGUUUAG